AUGAAUUAUGAUGGCAAAAAGAAUUCAAGCUCUGAAGACUACUUUGUUCUACUGGGCUUUUCUAAUUGGCCUAAUCUGGAAGUAGUUCUCUUUGUGGUUAUCUUGAUGUUUUACUUGAUGACACUGACAGGCAACCUAUUCAUCAUUAUAUUGUCAUACCUGGACUCUCAUCUCCACACUCCCAUGUACUUUUUCCUCUCAAACCUCUCUUUUCUGGAUCUAUGUUAUACUACGAGCUCUGUCCCUCAAUUUCUGGUUAACCUCCGGGGUUCAGAGAAGACCAUCUCUUACAUGGGGUGUAUGGCUCAACUUUACUUUGCCCUUGCACUGGGAUCCACAGAAUGUGUGCUACUUGUAGUGAUGUCCUAUGAUCGUUAUGCUGCUGUAUGUAGACCUUUGCAUUACACUGCCAUCAUGCACCCUCGUUUUUGCCAUCUGUUGGCUGUGACUACUUGGGCAAGUGGCUUUAUCAACUCAGCACUGCAUACCUCCUUUAUCAUUUGGGUACCCCUGUGUGGGCAUCGCCGAGUAGACCACUUCUUCUGUGAAGUUCCAGCUCUCCUGAAACUUUCAUGUGUUGAUACUCAUGCUAAUGAGCUGACACUCAUGGUUACAAGCUCUAUUUUUGUUCUCACACCUCUCCUCCUCAUCCUUGGCUCUUAUGGUGCCAUUGCCAGGGCUGUGCUUAAGAUGAAGACAACAACUGGACUUCAGAAAGUCUUUGGUACAUGUGGAGCCCAUCUUAUGGUUGUCUCUCUUUUUUUUAUUCCAGCCAUGUGUAUAUAUCUCCAGCCACCCUCAGGAAAGUCUCAUGAUCAAGGCAAGUUCAUUGCCCUUUUUUAUACUGUUGUCACACCUAGCCUCAAUCCUCUAAUCUACACCCUCAGAAAUAAAGAUGUAAGAGGCGCAGUAAAGAGACUAAUGGGGUGGGAAUAA